GUCAGCGUCGGCCUGCCAGCCCCGCGGCGGGCGCGGCCGCGCCCCGCGCUGGCGCAGGUGAUGGCCUGGGGUGGCGAUGGCCUGGGAAGAUGACGGCUGGGCAGCGCAGGGCGCCUGGGGGACGCCCGACGACUGGACCCGCUGGGACCACGCCGGUGCCGCCGCCGCCGGGCGCGACCCCUGGGGCGGCCAGUACCACGGCGCCCAGUGGGGCGACCAGGGCUGGGACCCGGCCUGGCAGGCGCAGGAGGGCCCUGGGUGCGCGGCUGGGCAUGGCAAGGCCGCCCCUGCCGCGCGGCAGCUGCGCCCGAAGCAGCCGCCCUCGAGCGGCCGCCCCGCCGCGGCGCCCGAGGCCGCCCUGGACUCCGUGAAGGCCAAGCAGGAGGCCGCCCGGCGAGCCCUGGAGAAAGCGAAAGAGGCGGCAGACGCCCAGAGAGAGGAGGCGCAGUCGAAGCUACGCGCUCCGAAGGACGAGGACACCGUGGGGCCCGCAGGAUCUGUCCGCGGCACACCGCUGCCCGCGGCCGAGGACGCGGCGCCAGCGCCCGUGGCGCGGGGCCCGGCGGUGGCGGCGGUGGACGAGAGUUCCAGCGAGCCAAAAGUCGUGGCCCCGCCGGGGCAGCGCACGCCGCCGCCCACGCAGAUGGUUUCGCCCGCCGACCACGUGAAAGGUCUGGCAUUGCCGGCCGCCAAGGGGCCCGCCACGCUGUCGAAGUCCACGGCUCCCAAGCCGCCAGCCGGCCAGCCGGCGGCCAGCUCAGUCGCAGUGUCCAAGUUGGGCAGCUCCGCGGCAGCUCCACCUCUCCGCAAGGCACCAGGGCCCGAGGCCGCCGCAGCCGCUCCGCCCGAUCCCAUGCCCCCCGCCGGGAAGGCCGCAGGCGUGAACGCGACGCCCCCUGGACCAGCUGCCCCCCCGGGCAUCUUCAGCUUCCCCGGCACACCUGCGCCCGCGUCCACGGCAGCGCGGCCUCCCGCCGGGAAGGCCGCAGGCGUGAACGCGACGCCCCUUGGACCCCGCCCGGGCAUCUUCGGCUCCCCCGGCACACCUGCGCCGCAGCCCCCCGCUGGGAAGGCCGCAGGCGUGAACGCGACGCCCCUCGGACCCCGCCCGGGCAUCUUCGGCUCCCCUGGCACACCUGCGCCCGCGGCCACGGCAUCGCAGCCCCCCGCUGGGAAGGCCGCAGGCGUGAACGCGACCCCCCCGCUGGGAAGGCCGCAGGCGUGAACGCGACGCCCCUUGGACCCCGCCCGGGCAUCUUCGGCUCCCCUGGCACACCUGCGCCCGCGGCCACGGCAGCGGCAGCGCCAGAGGCCCCCCGAACGGUGUCGAAGGCGGCCGGCGCGGCCUCGCUGCCGACGCCCGCCUCUGGCGGCCCGCCGCCCGGGGAGGCCGCCCGGGCGGAGGCCCCCGCGCCCCCGGAC